AUGCCACAGCUUCACGCGGUUGUGCUGAUCGUGGAUCAGCCUCGCCAGGACUCCCCCUCACGGAUUUUAAUCAAGACAGACGAGGACCAGCUGCAGAAGAAGGACGGGUGCUUACCGUCCUUGUCCCUCACCGCAGACAGCGAUGAUUCCUUUACACAACAAGUGUUGUCCUUUGCGGGAGAAGCCCUGAUCAACACAGACUUGAACUUUGACGGCGUUAUCAACACAACCAGACACGAGCUGCAGGUGGUCAUUUACUGCCGGGUCAGCGUGGUGCGCAACAGCGAUGAAGAGAGUGACAGUGAAGCAACACAAGCCAAGCGCAUGGCGCCAACGGUGCUCUUUCAAUGGCACGAUAUUGCAUUGCAAGAAGACCAGCAACAGCAGUCACGGUGUGCACGGCCGGAUGGCGUGAACGUGUCGCUGUCCACUACAGCGCAGCGAGCGUUGUGGUCUGCAACUGCGCGUGACGCCCGCGACCGCCACCUGCUUGAUGCCGCUGCCCUGAGCCUCCUGCUUGACGGCGGCGAGUCACACCUCACCCCCGAUAUGGUGUGCCCGGGCACGGUGGACGUUGACAUUGACGCCGCAGCACCGGCACGUGGCGAGCGCGGCGACAUGUGCCUGUGCAUCGGCGACCUCCACGGACGCUACCUGCGCCUGCAGCAGCUGUGGACCAACGCCAGCGUGUACUUUGGGCCGUGGAUGGCCGGCGUUGACGUCGUGUUCCUGGGCGACCUGUGUGACCGCGGCAGCGACACGCGCCAAGUCGUCGACUUUCUGCUCUGGCUCCAGCGCACGCGGCCCAACACAACGCACAUCAUCGCCGGCAACCACGACUUUGGGCUGAGCUCCUUCCUCCGCGUGUUUCCGCAGGAGGAUGUGGGAAGCACGGGCGUGGGCUUCAGGUCGUGGUACCGGGAGAAGCUGUACGUGGACCCGAAAGGCGACCACAACGGCAUGCACCUGCAAGGGAGGCGGUGGGGUGCAAAGCUGCCGACGUCAAACGACUCCGUCUUCGAGGCUGCUGCCACGUUUGAGUCGUACGGGUGCAAGUUUCCUGACCGCCACGCGCUACUGGCAGCCAUGCCCGCGGCCCACCUGUCGUUCUUCCGCGACCUGCCGUGGCUGGUCGACCUCCGCUUCUCCUUUGGCCGCGUCAUCUGCCUGCACGCGGGCCUCGAGAACCACAAGGACAUGGACCCGCAGAUGCAGCUGGCACGCGAGCGCGCGUGUCACGCCCCAUUUCUGGAGGUGAUUGCGGGGCGGGGGAGGUGCCGUGGCGCGCACCCGGAGUUGGAGGAAACAGACGUGAUUGAGGUGUCGGGCCACUUUGGCUUCCUUGACGUGGCCCACCCGAACAGGUGCAUUGUGGACGAGGGUGGUGGCCGCGACCACGGCGCCCUGGCCGCGCUGGUACUCCCCUCCAGACACAUUCUUCGACACAACGAGCACGUGCAGACAGACGCAGUCGCCUCAACAAGCUAG